AUGAACUGCUCCUUCCUCAAGGCGGCGGCGGUCGCCGUGGUCGUGGCGGUUCUGGCGGCCACGGCCGGCGCAAACUCCUUCGUCUCCGUGGCGCCUCUCCCCGCCGUUUUCCUCUUCUCCCCUCCCUGCUUCCUGUGGAUCGCCGCCAACGUCAUCGUCGUCUGGCUCCUUUCCUCCUGCCGCCACCGCGGAACAGCCGUCGCGGCCGGACUCUCGUCCACGGCCAGCGACGUAUCCGCUGCCAUGGGCGGCAUGCUCUUCCCUCCGUUGGAACACGACGUCUUUGCUGCCGCUCCUGAUGACGUCGUCGCGCCGCCGGCGCCGGUCUCGACGAGCCGGCCGCGGGAAGCGAGAACGGCUAAGAGGCCGGUCGACCGCCCCCGCGUGCGGAAGAAACUCGCCGGCGAGGGCACGGUCACGGUGGGAGGCGCCGUGGCGGAGGCCAAGCCCAAGGGCAAGAAGGAACACAUCGAGGAGGAGAAGCCGAGGCCCUCGGCCGCCGCGACCGAGGCCAAGGCCGUUGGCGUGGACGACGUGUCUAUGGACACGGCGUGGCAGUCCAUCGUGAGGAGCGGCGCGGCGCGGCCGGUGGCCGUGCGGAAGAGCGAGACGUGGGGCGGCGAGGAGCUGCCGCGCAUGCGGCGCGCGGCCGACAAGGCCGUGGUCGCGCGGAGGGAGAUGCGUAAGUCGGCCACGAUGGUCCCGCCCUCCCCGCCGCACCCGGCCGCGGCGUCGUCCCCGGUGGCGGAGAGGCAGGGGUGGCGCACCAGGGACGUGCUGGGGAUGGCGCAGGACGAGCUCCUCCGCCGCGCCGAGAGCUUCAUCCGGAGGCAGCACGAGCACCUGCGCAUGCAGCGGCAGGAGUCCGAGCAGCGCCAGGCCAUGGAGCGCGACCGCCGCCGCCCUGCUCCCAUCCGCGUCUAG